AUGCGUGUGCUGAUUAUCGGCGGCGGGUUUGGCGGCCUCUGCCUAGCCAACGGCUUGCAGGGAGAGCCCGGCAUCGAAAUCCAAGUGUUCGAGAGGCACGUAGAUCCGACCCACGAGCUCGCAGGCUACGGCCUCCACGUUGGCGCCGAUGGUGCGAGAGCCCUUCAGCGGUGUCUGAGUCCCGAGAGCUGGGGCCGAUUCCUGGCUGCCACCACACCCGCGGGCGCGCAGUGGGCAUUCCGGGACACACAACUCCGCCUGCUGGCCUUGCGCGACGAUGCGAAGAUCUCGGGCAAACCGCAGGCGGCGGUCGAGCGAAGAGCUGUCCACCGCGCCGAAUUUCGCGACAUCUUGCUGAAAGGCCUGGUCCAUCCCGGCAGUGGCACGACAGUCACGGUCCACUGGGCCAAGUUGUUCACCCACUAUGAGCACCUCGAUGAUGGACGAGUUCGCGCUCACUUCGCCGACGCGACCAGUGCCGACGGCGACGUCCUCAUCGGGGCGGACGGCGCCAAAUCCCAAGUCCGUGUGCAACGGCUCCCAGACCUGAAUCGUGAAGAGCUCGGCAUCGUCAUCAUUUGCGGACGGUACCAGCUGGACGAGCAACGCGCGCAGAGCUUGCCGACAUUCAUGACCGACGGGUCGCUGAACAACAUCGUUCCAUACGGUAAGGGCUGGUUGUUCAUCGCCUCUUUUCCCUCGACGGAAGGGGAGCGUGGCCCGGUGGAGAACUACACGCUGUGGGCUUACGUGGUACCCAAGACGGAGACGCCCACAGAUCCCCGAGCGCUCUCGCCGUCACAGCUACGCGAUAUCGCCCUCGCUGGUGUUCGAGGCUGGGCUGCACCGCUGGUAACCGUGGUCAGGGACACGGAUGUUCCCACAGUCUCCCCGAUCGUCCUGCGCUCCAUGCCCCAUUUGUCCCCGUGGGACACAAACAAUGUAGCGCUUCUCGGUGACGCGAUCCACAACAUGACGCCCAUGGCCGGAGUCGGCGCCAACAUUGCCUUGCGCGACGCUCACAUCUUGACCGACCUCCUCAUCGGGGCACAACGAGGCGAGACCAGCCUCCUGGAUGCGAUUGCGACGUACGAGCAUAAGAUGAGGCAGUAUGCAAAUGCCGCGGUGGCGCUCUCACGGCAGAUUGCUGAAGGCGCGAGUUCCAGCCAAAAGCUACAGAGAUGGGUGUUCCAUUGUCUCCUGCGGUUGGCGCAGGCGAGUCCGAUGGUGAUGAAAGCAACGAUCGGCAGAGGAGGUGUGGGAGAUUGA